ACGAAGAGGCUUAGGGCACCGCCUCAUGGGGGAAGCUUCCACUUCCAUAUGCUGAAUAGAGAUCAAAGAGGUGCAGCGGUGGUGAGAUAUCUUGUCACCUGCGGUUGUUUCUUGUUAUUUUUGACCUAGCAAAAGCAAUUUGAGGAGGAUAUCAUGGGCUAUGCUCAGCUAGUUAUUGGCCCUGCGGGCAGUGGAAAGUCAACGUACUGCACUAAUUUGUACCAGCACUGUGAAACUGUUGGAAGGACUGUACAUAUUGUGAACCUUGAUCCUGCUGCUGAGAAUUUUGACUACCCUGUGGCCAUGGAUAUUAGAGAACUCAUAUCAUUAGAUGAUGUAAUGGAGGAGCUUGGAUUGGGUCCUAAUGGUGGUCUGUUGUAUUGCAUGGAACAUCUUGAAGACAACCUUGAUGACUGGUUGACGGAGGAAUUGGACAAUUACUUGGAUGAUGACUAUCUAGUUUUUGACUGUCCAGGCCAGAUAGAACUUUUUUCACAUGUGCCAGUGCUCCGGAACUUUGUGGAGCAUUUGAAGCGUAAAAACUUCAAUGUUUGUGCCGUAUACUUGCUUGAUUCACAGUUCAUCACAGAUGUGACCAAGUUCAUAAGUGGAUGCAUGGCAUCUCUUUCUGCUAUGGUGCAGCUUGAAUUACCUCAUGUCAAUAUCCUCUCGAAAAUGGAUCUUGUAACCAACAAAAGGGAUCUUGAAGACUACUUGAAUCCAGAGCCUCGAGUUUUGCUGUCAGAGUUGAACAAACGCAUGGCCCCUCAAUUUGCAAAACUAAAUAAAACCUUAAUCGAAUUGGUUGACGGGUAUAGCAUGGUGAGCUUUAUCCCACUUGACUUGAGGAAGGAGAACAGCAUUCAAUAUGUAUUGGCUCAAAUUGACAACUGCAUUCAGUAUGGGGAAGAUGCUGAUGUGAAAGUCAAAGAUUUUGAUCCAGAGGACGAUGAUUAGCUUCAUUAUUAUUCACCAGGACUUGUUUACAUCGACAUUGGGGAAUUGAUGAAUCAUCACAGCUUUUUAUUUUUGUUGAUUUUUAUCCUUUUGGCAAGAGUUAUAGAUGAAAUGUUUGACCCCCCCUGGUUGUUUAAUGCCAUACUGAGUUUGAAGACGAAAGUAGUUGUAAUUAACAUGACACAAAAAUAAAAUAAAAUAACUUAUUGCAAGAAAAA